GAAACGUUUAUCUUUCAACGUGAAGGAUGUUGGUAUAAAUAUUCCGGGUUGAAACUGCCUGACAGUCAGUUGGAAGUUAUAACCGAAGUAACAGGCGUUGCAGAAUGCAAGAGAUUCUGCGAGAGUUAUGACGUGGGUCCUGUCUGCUACGUCCUGCAAGUUGUUUCGAACGUUUGCUACCGGAAUAAAGAAGCAGUUGUCGACUGGAGUGACAAGAUGGAGGACCAACCUGACUCCAUGCAGUACCAGCUGGCUUCCUGUCCAUUUAAUCAUUUGAAUAAUUAA